CGUACAACCAGCAUUAUAGCAAUCCACGAUUAUAAUAUUGAUAGAUCCUCAAUUGAAACUUUUUCUGAUGCGGAAUGCUUUAUGGAUACAACAAGUACCAUCUGAAUGGUAAAGUUCCUCCUAUAGGAGAAACUCAAGAUGGAGGAGGAGACAGACAAUAAGCCCCUCCCCGCCAAAUCCAACUCUAGGAGCACAGCCGAAGGAGUUAAGACCUGGAAAUCGCAACCCGACAGUGUCCAACCCACACAAUCAUUGCUAGGUCUCAUAAAGUGGAUAUAUUACCCUAGCAUUUCUUCUGUGCUCCUCGUUGUUGGCCAGGUUCGAUGCCCAAAUCCGCGUCCUCCAUCUCCUCCCUGAGGAUGGUGCAAUCUCACAACCCAUCUUCCAUGAUCACCUUCUGCCACGAUGGGGCAAAGGAGUAGUCUCACAAGCAGACUGACAUGGUCACACUUCAUGUUGGAGAUGGUGAGGCCGUCAGCAGCUUCCUUGGGGAUGUUAAGCUCUAGGCCCGGAAGCUGCGGAAUGAUUCUCACGAGGGCGCAUUGGUGCGAAAGGAGAGUGCUGAGAUGAUUCAGCGAUCCAAGAUAUUCCCCCAGUGAGCGGUCCCUCGAUGCAAUUUGCAAAGGAUAGGGGCGGGAUUUACUCUAUGAGUGCUGCAUAGAUGUACCCUGAUUUUAUUUUUCGCACCAUUGCUCAAGGGCAGAGGGGAGGGAGGAUCCUGAUUCCCAGCCGACGAAACUUCCCGCAAUGAGAUCAACUCGAUAAGUUCUUACGUUUGAGGUAUGAUCAGUGUAUUUAUGGCUUUUGAAAUAUCGCUUGCAUGCAUAAUAGCAGUCGGUACCUUAUGUUCGCUCAAUGAUUUAUACCUUAUGUAACUUACUAUGUUGGAAUACAAUACCCCGGAUAAACCACGCACCGCUCGCUACCGAGUGAAAAAUAAGCAAUAUGUUGCCUCUUGCAGCCCAGAGAUUUCACGGAAUCUUCCCACAGUAUCCGCUGUAGCCACUAAACCAAGGGAGGGUAGCAGUAGUAGACCUGGUUAUAUAAAACUUGAUCUUUUCCCUAUCUCAGGUAUAGAGGCGAAUUGAAACUGGAGAGCCUCAGGAGGUUCAAAUUCCUUCCAGUCGAGUCGGUCCUUGUGAUGCCCGGAUUUCACACACCGAACGAACUUCCGGCCCUGGAGCGGAGAGUGAUUCAAUGCUCGGGAGCUGUACUAAUUAAUGUCCAAGCCCAUAAUCCCUAAUCCCCUUCGUAUAUCGCAACGAGUAGCAGUGGUGAUGCCGACUUCGGGACAACCUACCUCUCCCGGCCCGAAAAGGCGCCAAGUAGAGUUCACGGUAAAAGAUGCCUUUGAGCUCUUCUUGCCAAUACUAUUGACUUGAAUGAGUGAUAACCCCCACUUGGUAUUAUUUGCGUGUGUUUGUUCUGGCCAGUCACCAGAGUCACAAGUUUGCAGCAAUCCUCACCGGGCUGACUCAGCACAACCCCUCCUUUCCGCGGCGCAGGUAUAUAAACCUCCCACUUCCCCAACAAAUCCGGCAUUCUCCUCCAUCUCUACUCAACACCUCUCAUCCCCAGUAUUGGUAUUAUUCGACAACCGAAUUCGUAACCUAAUCCACCCAAUUGAUCCGAAGCUGAACUGUACUUAUAGCAUUGACUUGACCAAGUUCAUCUGGUACAUCUCUCACACAAGAUGGAAGCCAUGAAUUUUCCUCAGCUGGGGACAAUGUCCAACCAUGAUCAAGGUAUCUCAAUGGAGUAACUCAUUUGUGCAUGAACCGGUGUUCGUUCCCUCACCCCUCCCGCGAAUAGCCGCAUCCACCUCUUCUUCGACCCCAACCCACUAAAGGGCGAAAAGAGAGAUGUUGUUAUGCUACGGGAAGGCUCUGAGGCUUCGUUCUGAAAUCAUACGGUCAUAACUUGAUCUGGAUAAUACCAGCGAAAGGAUCAUGCCUUCUUUCUCCCCUUACCCCCAUAACCCCGAACUGUACUCCUAACAUGGUGCAUAUAGUAUCUCUUGAAAAAUGUCUCCUCCAUCUGCAACAUACGACGUGGUAGUUCCUCCAGCUGUUCUUGCUACCAAAACCAACAAGCCCACCACCACCACCAAUGGGAGCCUUACGAAUACCGGCACCAUUUUGGAUGAAUUUGCUGGAAAAUGGGAUGACUUUAGCUUCGGCCAUAUUCGCGAGAGCCAAGUCUCCCGCGCUAUGACGCGCCGCUACUUCAAGGAUCUGGACACCUAUGCUGAGAGUGACAUCGUGAUUGUCGGUGCUGGAUCCUGCGGUCUCAGCACUGCCUAUGUCCUGGGCAAGGCACGCCCGGAUUUGAAAAUUGCCGUCAUUGAGGCUUCCGUUUCCCCUGGCGGUGGUGCGUGGCUCGGUGGCCAACUGUUCUCCGCCAUGGUCCUCCGCAAGCCGGCUGACCGUUUCCUUGAUGACCUGGGGGUUCCGUACGAACAGGAACCCUCCAACCCCAACAUGGUCGUGAUUAAGCAUGCUGCUCUUUUCACUUCCACCUUACUCUCUAAGGUCCUCUCCUUCCCAAACAUCAAGCUCUUCAACGCCACUUGUGUUGAGGACUUGGUCACUCGCCCGUCCCCAAUUCCGGGCGACACACAGGGUGUUCGCAUUGCUGGUGUCGUGACCAACUGGACACUCGUGACUCUUCACCACGAUGACCACUCCUGCAUGGACCCCAACACCAUCAACGCACCUCUGGUCAUUAGUACUACCGGCCACGAUGGCCCUUUCGGUGCGUUCUGCGCCAAGCGCCUCGUGUCCAUGUCUGCAAUUGAGAAAUUGGGUGGCAUGCGCGGGCUGGACAUGAACUCGGCCGAGGAGGCGAUUGUGAAGAAUACUCGGGAGGUGACCAAGGGGUUGAUUAUUGGAGGUAUGGAGUUGAGUGAGGUUGACGGGUGGCACCGUAUGGGCCCGAUCUUUUCGGCCAUGAUGCUCAGUGGAGUGCGUGCAGCGGAGGUUGCGCUGGAAGUUUUCGAGGAGCGAAAGAGAGAGUGUGCUGAUCCGAAUGGGUAUUGAUUUCUGACCUUCAAAGCCUGAAAAGGGCUGGAGGCGAAGGGAAAGUGGAAACGGAAGGAGUCUUCCAAAAUAAUGCGAACACGUCAUGGGAGGAUAAAAAUGUAUUAAAUGCUUGUCUGCUUGUUCAUGGGCCGGCACAGAGUCCCUUUACUGUCGUUAAAGCAGAUAUUUCGUCCCUCCCCUUAGGGAGGUGAUAUUAAUGUAUGUACAUGAGUGCAUUGGACAUUGAUAGUCAAAAACUUGCAAUAGUAUCGAAAUUGCCCACAUAACAAAAUAAAUGUAGAAUAGAUAAACGCAAGAGGUGCCCACCUUUCGUAUUCCCACCAAUUGUUAAUUGUAUAUAGGGAGGGGCUUAGGAAAUAAACAUGACCAAAACUAGAAACAAAACGUGACUCACAUAAUCACCCACCCACAGUCCAGUUGGAUACUAGAAAUGCAUCCGUCCGCAAUUAGGAAAUCUGAUAUAUAAAACACAUAAUCAUAUAAUCAUAUACGAAAAGUAAUGGCAACAUUCCUCAUGAAACUCAAACGGAAAUAUUAGAUCAAUAUCAUCCAUCAAAAAUAUUAAAAAGAAGUUUUUGAGAAAGGGUAAAUACGACGAAGAAAGAAAACAAGGAGUAGAGAACCUCCGCCGCUCCGUUUCCAAAGCUCUCAGGGACACCAACCUCUCUGUACCGGUUUCGGCGAUCUAUGCUCCUCUUCAAUAUCCAACCCCAACCCCAACACAGUCCUCCUCGCAUUCCGAAUCUCCCACUCAAACUCCUUAAGCGCCCGUAACUCACUGCUCACAAACAAGCCGCCAAUCAACCCAUCAAUGGUCCCCGCGACGAGGCUCAGGGAACUAACCAGGCAGAGAAUGAACGAGACAAACGCGUGCGGAGACCACCAUACACCAACCAAGCAGGCGAUGGUGAUGACCAGGGAGACAAUAAAGUGGCCAAGGCGCGCACGGCGCUGGAAUCGCUCUCGGCCGGUGUAGGCGGAUAUCAUAUGGAGGAUCUGGUCGUACAUACCUGCCAUGCGCGUUACCUGCUGUUGUUGGUGGGCUACGGCCGCACUCGCGGUCGACUUCGGGUUGGCGUUUGGGUCCCUGGCGUUUUCUGCGGUGAUGCGUGUGGUUAUGCACGCGGAGGACCUGGAUCGGAUGGACUCGAUGUGUUUUUGGAUGGGGAGGAACGAAGACAGGUCUUCCUCGCUAUCGUCGUCUUUGGCUACAUCUAGCGUGAUUGUGGCUUCUACGCCGAAAUGGUCGCUUAGUGAGCAGUGGAGGGUUGGGUGUCUUUCCAUCAUGGAUACACGGGCGGAGACAAUGGUCCAUUUCCUAGGCGAGGAGAAGUUGCUGUACGCGCCGUCUCCGAUGAAUAUGUAGUCGAGACGUUUCCCGAGGGGGUCAGGAAGUUGGCCGUCGACUUCUAUAUGACCUUCGCGCUUGAGCCUCUUUUGCUGUGAUUUGUUCCAGCGCCACGUAUUGAAAAUACCAUCGCACGUAGCUCCGUUUUCGAUGAUAUUGAAAUCAGCAGAUGGGACCGGCUUCUUCCUGGCCAUUUCGACGGCGUCUACCGCUGCGCCAAUAGAUGAGUCCGGGUGUAGAUGGAUCCAUACAUCCUUGACUGGUGCAUGCGAAGUAAUGAGUCGGUGAGCAAAGGAUUGUGGAAGCAUGUUAAAAUCCCCUAGCCCGAUGACCAGAUGCCCCCUUUCGGCAGCGGCCCUCAUUAAUUUGCCAAUUUCCCACGCCUGCGCUGUUCUAUGGCAGAGAUAGGAAUCUCGCGGUUCCUUUUCAUAGGGCGCAUGAAGAUGUGUACAGAAGACUUCCGCAGUAUCAGUAGGCGAAGGUCCAAUACGGAUCCUAGCGCAUGCGACCCC